CUUCGUUUUACUUCUUCUGAAUUAAAAAAAAUAUAUAUAAGAAAGAGGAACCUGCAUUCAAGUUUGCAAAAGAUCUAUGAUUUUGCAUUUAUAAAAGAAUAUUUGAUCUCUACAUGACACCCCCAGCGUCUUCGCCUUCAUCUUUAUUGGAUUGGAACAAAAAAGAAGAAGCAUUGUCUCAAUCAACCUCUGCAAUGGUUGAGAAUUUUCUGCAAACCGACAAUAACAGCGUCGAGAGCAAUAAUUCCAUUUUGAAUCAUCAUCAAGAUUUAGACUUGUUCUUAAAUCAAGCGACCGAAUACAAUCUACAUCCACAUGCCCUGCAACAACAGCAGCAGCAGCAACAGCAGCAGCAGCAACAGCAGCAGCAGCAACAGCAGCAGCAACAGCAGCAGCAACAGCAGCAGCAACAGCAGCAGCAACAACAACAACAACCGCAACAUAGAGACUCUUUCUACCCUUCACCGUUAAUAUCCAUUCAACCAGCCGAACCCGAUAGUAGUUCAACAACUAUCAAACAGGAAUCGACCUCGACAUCUGCGACAACAGUAGCAACGGACUCGAAGAAUAACAAUAAAAAAGGAAAACAAAAGCACAAAGAAGGUGGACACUCCUCCUUACUACAGGUAUUCACGAACCCUCUCUUACAUGCAAUCCCUAUACUGGCAAGAAAUUGUUUGAACUUUGAAGACUUUAUAGCACAAACACAGCAAUCUGGCCAAGGAUUACUCGGACCUGAAGCGUUUGAAGAUGAAAACGAUUGUACAAGUCUAUUGUCUUCUCCAAUUAUCAAAAGUGAUACACCUUGGCAUCUUCGUGUUCUAGGUCUCCCGCAUACAGGUGCCAAAUCCAGAGUCGAAACACAGAUAAAAAUUUGCUUACAAGUAGCCGACGCAACUGGUGAGUUAGCAACAAAUAAGUGGACACAUAUUAAACUGCCGGAGCAUCUAGUUUCCAAGGAUAAAUUGAAGAGAAAUCAAACUGCUGUCAGUAAAUCUAACAACAAUAGCGGCUUAACAUCCACUACAAGUACUCCAAAUAUAACGGCUAAUGCUCAGCAACAACAAUUAUUAAAUGAGGAUGGAGUGCCUGCAUUUCUCGACUCACAAGUUUUAACAUUAGAAGCAUCAGUAGUAUGUGACGGCCAACCUGAUACAGAAAUCAUUAUGUGUCCCAGUUGUGUUCAUCGAGAAUGCAAACGCAUGAAGAGAAAAAGAGAUAAUAAGCUUGCCAGAGCUGCUAAUAAAGCUGCCUCAACCACGUCUUCAGCUGCAGAAGGAGGAUCAGGAGGAUCAGGAAGUACGGCUAGCGCAGCAGCAGCAGCCAAGAUUGCUGCUUUGAUCGCUACAGAACUGCCAAACCUCAACGAUGAAAAAGUCAUGGCUGAGGAGAGAAAACGUAUUUUACUCUUUAACUGCAAUGAAUAUGUAGAAUUUCAAGCAGGAGAGGCGACCCUACCGACUCGUGUGACAUGUUAUUGUCGCCAUCAUAGUGAGAAGACAGGGUUCAGGAUUGUGUUCACUUUAAAGGAUCAUCUGGGCCAUGUGAUUGCUACAGGGCGCUCCCCGCCAAUUAUGAUUACAGAUGAUCAUAAGAGUUCCAAAAUGCAGCAAUUAGCAGCUGCAAGAAAACGAUCUCGUGCUGAUGUGGAAAAUGCCACUGCUUCGGCAACGGAAAGCGACGCAGCUGCUUCUGUGUCAAACGCACGCUCUGGUUUAGCUUCAAAAAACAGAAAAAUUUUAGAUGUGCAAGAGACAGAUUCAGGAGGUUCCAGUCCUAUAGAAUCAACGCCAGCUACCCCAUCAUCUACGGCUCAAAAUGAAAAUAGUAAUAUGGAAGAAAGUAACAGUAAUGGUAAUUCAGCGAGAAGGGUAACUGCAGAAGUAGCGGCGAAGGCUUCAACGGCUGAUGAUAAUGGAAGUUUACAGAAGGAUACAAGUGUCAACCAAAACACUAAGUUUUUGCCAGAUACCGAUCAACUCUCUGAGAUGCUCAGCAUAUCUGACCGUAAUGUUAAUAUCAUGAAUACAAAUAUGAAUGCCCAUACACCUCAAGCUGGAAUAGGAAUGGACGCAACUAACUUGGAAAUAUUUAUGCGUUCUUCAGCAUCUGAUGCGAAUAAUAAUGGUUUUCUAUCAACCCAAAGUCAAUUAUAUCAUCAGCCAUCUAUGACUACUAAUAGUAAUAACAAUAGCAAUCAAUUCUCGUCUCAGUUACAAUCACACUCACAGCAACAAAACAUGUGUGCUACGACCUCACCAUUCGAAUCUUGUAAAAAUACUUCGGAACAUAUGGGCAUGUUCGAUUUUUUAAACUCCCAAGAAUUGACCAUGUUAGGAACUACCGAUAAUCAACAUUCUCAGCAAUUUCAACCUGCAAUUAACCUACUAUACCAGCAGCAGCAGCAUCAAGAACAAUUAUCAUCUCAAUUUGGUCAAGAUAGCAGCCAUCAGCAGAAACUCGUGCGUGUUAAUCAACCGGCGUCUUCUUCUACAACUACCGCAUCGGCUACUGAUUUGGUGUUAGCGCCCCAAUUAUCUCAGCAACAGCAACAGCAGCAAUUUUCAAACAAUAUCUACACAAAACUAGCCGAACGUAACGCCAUGGAUACUAAACAAAACCCCCACUUGCCUAAGUUGCACCGCCUUAUUCCCUCAGAGGGCCCCAUCUAUGGAGGAGCAGAAGUCACCGUUUUGGGGUCCAAUUUUUAUGAAGGUCUUACUUGCCUAUUUGGGGAAAACCCCGCCAUCCCCACACAUUGCUGGAGUGCCAAUACACUACUGUGCAUCUUGCCACCUACAUCUACUGCUGGUCCAGUCGUAGUGUCAUUCAAAGAGCACCCAUUAAUGCUCGAGAAAGGAGGGCAAGAUGUAGUAUUGUUUACGUAUUUUGAUGAGAGUGAUAGAGCGUUAAUGGAAUUGGCACUGCAAGUAGUUGGAUUGAAAACGAUGGGGAAAGUGGAAAAUGCACGACAAAUUGCUAUGAGAAUAGUGCAAGGGGGAGAUAGCAAUAACAAUAACAGCAAUAAUAACAACGGUAAACAUGCUAGUCUGAAGAACAGCUCAGCAACCCGUCAAUCACAUACUGCAACUUUUGAAUUGACGCGCAUGGCAAUGGCAGCAAUUUAUGAAAAUGCUCGUUCUUUUUAUUUAUCGAAAUUAGAGGAACACGUUAUAGCCAGUUUGAUAGCUCUACAUCAACACUACCAUUGUCAACCACAGCAUCUAUCCUUAACCAAUCAAUACGGCCAUAGCUUGUUACAUCUGGCUACUCUAUGCAACUACGGACAAUUAGUAAGAAUAUUAGUGAGCCAACUGAAUUGUAAUGUUAAUCAAGUGGAUCUGAAUGGUUUCACAGCUUUACAUUUUGCAAGCUGGUCUGGAAAUGUAGAAAUAGUUAAAUUUUUAAUUGAUUAUACUAAUCUACACAUUGUGAACCGUUCCGGUAAAACAGCAGAACAUUUAGCUGUAGAAGGGGGACAUCUAUCUGUUGUGGAUCUUUUCAAGAGCAAAAAGCAACAGCAAGAACAAAUUUCAAAGAAAAGAAGGAUAACAAAAAUACCCAGAACGAUCAAAAACUACUUUAUUCUCCCUCGUUUAGGAGUUGUUCAACAGUACACUUCUAGUUUGCCAUUGAAAUUAGUGAAACUAUUGUCAAAUCUGUAUAUCGUUUCAACAACUAAUAUGAACCAACAUCAACAGCGGCAUGGCCCUUUUAUCACUUCUGUAAAGAAGCGUACAAUGAAGGCUAUUACCGAUACGUCCACGAACAGUAGCAAAAGCAACACAUGCCAAUCGCGCAGAAUUAUUACACGGUCAGCUGGACGUCAAGUUUACCAUUUCAUUCUUGAUUUUUAAGUUGUGCAUACAAAUUAUAUACUUCAUAGAUUACCUUUCCCACUAUUUAUUAAUUGCGAAAUUUAUUGUAAAUAUUGUUUAUUAAAUGUGAUUCCCAAUAUCCAUGUAAAAUAAAAUCAGAAAAUCACAGUUAUUUUGUAUGGGUG